AUGUUCAGCAACAUCCGGGUAUGUUGUAGCUUUCCAGUAAAGGCUGUAUACGAAAGUUGCCGCCUUCCGAACAUCCUCAAGCAUUCGCGACAUCGCCAUCUACCCCAAGCUACCUCCAGCACGAGUCCGUCGUCAAUUUAUAACGUUCUACUGUCACAUGUUGUAGCUUUCGGAUAA